GGCGCACCCUCUCCACUCUCCAGUCCGCAUUCGACGGUGAUCGCGUUUGGUUGUUACUUCGCGUCGUUCGUUCUCGUGGCAAAUGGAAUUUUCGCCGCGCACAUUACAACAUUCGACCAUCGGGAACAGUCCAACGAUUUGAAAGCAAAUUUUCUAAAUGGAUGAUAUUCAUUCAUGGUGGGAAGUUCCGAGUAUUGCUCACUUCUGUUCUUUGUUUCGUGUGUCCUUUGAUCUUCUUGACUUUGACAUUGAAGAUUUAGAAGCAGCUUUAUUGACAGAUGGAACUGAGGACAAUGGCAACUCAUUACUACAGGAGCUCAUUGCUAGAUUGUUAUCUGGCUGCCUUGGCAAUAAUAGUAUAUCUACUUUUAACUAUCAAAUGUUUUUACGAAGACUGUUUAGAGAAAAAUGCAAGGAGUACAAUUUCCAGAACCCCUUCAAUUCAGAUAUGGACUUCAGGUUUUUGCCACUUCGAACAAAAGUGGAAAUACUCCACGCAUUAUGCGACUUCAGAUUGGAUGCUGACGAUGUCAUGGAAUCACUUAAGAAUCUUGACUCGGAUAGUUUAAGAGUGCAUCCUCUAGGGUAUGAUGAAAAUAAGUCAGCUUAUUGGUACUUUUACGGUACCCGUUUGUAUAGGGAAGAUUACGAAAAAGUAGUUCCCAAAAAAAAAAAGAAAAAACGAGGGCGUAAAAAAAAAUGUGAACCCCCUGUCUGUUCGGAUACAGAAGAUGAAUUAGAUUUAGGUUCUGGAAAAUGGCAGGUAGUUUGCUUUACCGAAAGCGACUGGGAAAGAUUAGCUUUAAAAACUGAGGAUUCAGAAAAUAGAGAUGUUCAAGCACUUCAUCAAGUAAUUACUGAAGACUUUUUACCUGAAAUUCCUCGUUUAUUUGAAGAAAAAGAGAGAUUACAAAGGAAACGCAUGUUAGAAAUGCAACCACGUAGGCAAUCUACUAGACUGGAAAAACUUAAACAGCAAAAAGAAGAAAGAAAAAAGUAUGAAGAUUUAUGUCGUGAACAUGAAGAAAAAAUAAAAAAAAAAGAAAAUCGAAAAAAACAUCAAGAGAAAAGACCUAAAGGGAAAGAAGAAGGACUAUCAGAUAGUGAAGCUGAAAGUCAUGGGUAUUCUUCGAGUAGUUCUAAGGUGGCAGGCCGUCAAACAAAUAAUUCAUUAGCUUCAGCUACUGGUCAAAUUGUUAUUGAAGGUUCACAAGAGAAACCUAUGCCUAAAGUUGCAUCUAAAGCUGGGUUUAAAUCUACUGCUGAGGAUUUGCAAAUAGGCAUGUACAAAAUAUUGAACAAAUUAAAAGACCAUGAAGAUGCUUGGCCAUUUCUUGAACCAGUCGAUGAAGAAAUAGCUCCAAGUUACUACAGGGUAGUGAAGACUCCAAUGGAUCUUCAACAAAUGGAGGAUAAGCUUAAUGAUGGACUGUACGAAACAUUUAGUCAGUUCAAACAUGACUUCCAAUUAAUUAUUGCAAAUUGUAAACAGUACAAUGGAUCUACAAAUGAAUAUACAGUUAUGUGUGGAAAUUUACAAAGAGUUUUCAACAUGGGGGUUCACAAGUAUUUAGACUGGGAGGUGUCUGAAGGAUCUGAUGACGAAAUGGCAUAUCUUAAGAGGUAUGAAAAUGGAACCAUGAGGUCAAGAAAAGGUAGAAGUCGACAGAGAAGUACUAGUAGUAAAGAAUCUUGUAACAAUACUGAUAAAGAAAAUGAAGAGAAGUUACGAGAGUGUUUAGAUUCUAGUAAAUUUGAAAAUGGAAUCAAUCAAACUGAUGACGAUUCUUGCAGUUUAGAUUCCAAAUUAGAAUCAAAAAAAAAAGCAGCAAAGGAAUCACCUAAAAUAAAGAAAAGUACGAUAAUAAAAAAUACAAGUGCAAUAGAAGUACAAGCACUCGAAGAAGUUACUGAGCAGACAUUGAGGGAUAUAAAUAAAUGGUUAGAUGAUACACCAAGCUUUUCAUCAGCAAGUAACUCACCAAUGGCUACUUUAGCAGGUUCAGUGCUAGAUGACGCUGAAGUCACAUCUCGUUUAGAUGCAGAGUAUCGUCAAGCUCAUAAGCUUGAUAAACCACGUUUGCCUUUCAAAGAAAAAAAGCGACCAACAAAAGAAUCUAUUGUAUUGCCUUUAAAACGAAAGCGUGAAGUACAAAGAACAAUUGAUCGUUUACAGCCUGGUAAAAGUAAAGGUAACCUAAUAUCAAACAAAUCAGAUGAUAGCCAAACUACUGCCAAACAAAAAUUGAUUAAAGCUGAUUUAGAAACAGCACCAACUCUUAGUUUAGGCACAGUAUUGAACACUGACCUUAUGGGAUUUUCUUCAAAGAGACCAAGUGAGGACAAAGAUCUAGAAAAGACUGAGACAGAACCUGAAAAAUGUCCUGUUGAUAAUUUGAAUGUUAUAAAAAAAGAAGAGGUCAAAAUAGAAUUACCAGAAGAAAAGCCUGAAAAAGCAACACCAAAUCUCAGUGCAUGGUUCAAAGCAUUUGGAGCUCCAAAGACACAACCGACCCCAAAACGCAAACAAGAAACUGUAGAAACAUCUCCAAUGUAUACUGCUUAUGCUAUGAAUGAUAUGGUGCCUUAUGAUUAUACUUUAAAAGAUACAGAUAAAAAAGAAAAUUUAUGUACUGCAGAUAUUAAGAAGACAACCAUAUCUGUACCAUUAGUUUCACCAGAUAAGCCAGCUCCUAAACGACAAAGAAAGACAAGUACUGGUAGUAGUGUUUCUGAACAGUCUUCACAAAAUGAUUCUUGGAAUUCUCCACGACCUAGUUUAGAUGAACCAUACUUAUCACCCCAGUCUGGAAAUUCUCCCCAACAAUUAAAACCUUAUCAAAAUGUUUUAAACAUUCCUCACGCUCCAAUUAAAGUUGGUUUCUAUCAAGACGCUUUUGCUAGGCCAAAUUCAGAUAAGAGUAAUAGCUGUAGUCCAAGAAAUCCUUCUAGUGUAAUGACAGCAAGUCCACAUGGCCAAAGUCCACAUCAAACUUUUACUAGUCCUUGUGACUUACCUAAUGAUAGUCCAGGUAAUUUUGUUGGAAGCCCACACGAUGCUAGUUGUAGUCCACACAACAAUGUUGUUAAUAGUCCUAAAGAGAGUCCACAUCAUUUAAUAUUGAGCCCGCAAGAUUCAAGUAAUAGUCCUUAUUAUAGUCCCCAUAAUGUAGUCAAUAGUCCAAAAGAGCAUGUGGCCAGUUUAGCAGAUGAUUAUCAGCAAAAUCAAAAUGUUUACUCCCAAUAUAUCGGGUCACAACAAAGUUCACCUCAAAAUACAUAUACUGAAUUGUAUCCUCAACAACAACAGCAACAGCAACAGCAACAACAGCAACAGCAACAGCAACAGCAACAACAGCAGCAGCAACAACAACAACAACAGCAACAACAGCAACAACAACAACAACAACAGCAGCAGCAGCAACAGCAACAACAACCAACAGCAGCUACAGCACCUGCUAAAACUCAAAAUAUAUUCCCAGUAAAGAAACGUGUGUACAAUGAGUGUGAAAGACCUCAAGAGAUGGCGUUCACCCCAACUGAUGCUAGCAAGGAACAAGAAAGAGUAUUUGUACCUACUCCAGGUCAGAUGCCUAAUUCUAAUUUCAAUUCUGAACUAAACUAUCAGAUGGGUUAUCCACGUAAUGAUCAAGCACUUCCACCUUACCAGCAAAAUAUAGAACACCAACAUCCAUCAGUACCUGUAACCUAUCAAAAUAGUCUUAACUAUUUACAAAUGGCUCGUGAUCGUUGUGAAAGUGAACAGAAAACUGUUCCAAAUUCAUUGUUCAACUACACAGCUCCUAGUCAGACUUUUGUGUCAGCACCAACACCACAUUACACUUCAACUCCUUUAAACUAUUCAAAUCCUCCUAAAGAUGCUGUAGGUUACACAACCGCUCCAUUAAAUUAUGCAAGUCGAACGUCUCCUGGACAAUUUAUUCCUCCUCCUAACUUUAAGCAACCAACUUCCCAACCAAGACUUAACUAUAACAAUCCUUAUGAACAAUACCCAGAUCAAAUCAAUUUACGGCCUUACAAUUAUCCUGUGCUACAUAGCAAGUCAUAUCCACACCCAAUUCAAGACAUGAUGCCAGGCAAGUCACAAAAUAUUGAUUUCACAACUGGUCGUCCUUUACCAAAUAUUAUACCAGAAAACAUGAGUUAUCGUUACAAUCAAUCAACAUAUCCUGGACCAUCUGUAGCAGAAAUUAUGAAAAAUAAAAUGGAAAUCAGUCAACCUACUUAUUCAAGUCCAACUAUGGCUGAAAUGAUUAAAGCAAAUCAACCUACUUACGUAAAUACAUCUAUGUCAGACAUGAUGAAAUCUAAUCAACCAGCUUAUCCUCCAAAUUCAUCUGUGGCUGAAAUGACAAAAUCAAAAAUGGAAAUGAAUAGAUCUUUAAUGAUGGAACAGUUACCCCCCAAACCAGCCAAAAAAACAAGUAAAAAGAAGAAAGCUGCUGCUGCUGCUGCUGCUGCUGCACAACUGCCAUCACCACAAUCUACAAUGGCAGUAACAACAGCACAAGCAGUAGUAGAACCCCCUCGUAAUGUUGAACCACAGCGUGCUGACCCUCCCUAUCCACAUCACUAUCCACCUCUUGUAAAACCACCUAUGUCAAGUGGACCAUUCAACUUCAAUCCAGCUAUCAAGGAUGGCUAUCAAGAUUAUCUAAAUGAAAUACGGUCAACUGGCUAUUUUGCAGACCAAGCUGCAGCAGCAGCAGCAGCAGCAGCACAAUCAGAAGAAAGAAAUCCAGCAUUUGCAUUUGCAAGGCCUCCAUCAGGCUAUGCUCCUCCGUCACUUGAAGCAUACAAUCCACCCAACCCUUCAGAUAUUUAUUCACAGUUCUUACAGAGACAUCCAAUGAUGUUACACCAAGGACUAUCAGGCUUUCCACCGCCAGGGUAUUUAAAUGUACAUGAUCCCAUGAAUAGGCAUCCUCCUUGGAUAUAAUUCAAUCAGUUAUCAUUGUUACUUAGAUGUGAUAUUUCACUGUUAAAAUGGUAUGUGUGGUUCUUAACUUCUAUUUA